UUUUUUUUGGCAAUUUGAAACUGGACUGCGGAGAUCGAGGACAGGAAGGGUCUUGGUGAAUGUAGCUUGUAUAUCGCUCCUUCCAAUAUCGAAUUCGAACGUGCUCUUGCCGGCAGUCCAAGGCAGGCGCGAAAGGGCUAGCGCCGUCGCGCGUGGAUGGCUCAGAGGCAACUUCCAAAGUGCUCCGGUCGCAAGUCGUUAACCGGAUCGAGGAAACGAGCUUCCUGAUUCAGGUACUGUACCGGGCCAAGUGGUGUGUCGCUUCUUUGACCGUAGUCCUUUAUGGAGAACGCCUCCCUUUGCGACAGGACAAGCUCGGAUCAAGAUGGACGCAAUGAAGCUUUGUCUGUGGAGGACCCUCUUCGCUGCUGGAAUGACACCCUGGACUGGCAAAGAACAGGAUAUAGCAUGGAGGGAAGAAGAAGAAAGGGGGAAGAUUCGAGUCGUUGGUACCCGGGCCCGGGUCCGUGUCGUGUCGUGUCGUAUCGUGUCGUGUCCAGUCGUUCUCGCGAUCGAGGUAAUGCGGGCGUGGUCGUUGCCGUGGAUGUCCGUUGUUGUUCGUGUUUCCUCUCUACCUUGCACACACGUCCACCGUGACCUUUUCUGGCGACAAUGGAAUGGUGGUGACGGGAUGAUGAGGCACUGGUCACAGCGAAGCCCCUGGUGACGACGGGUGAUGCUCUGAGGCUGAAAGGGAAAGCAGAAUGAACAAUAAGUCGAAGGUUGAAGGGGGGGGAAGGGAUACCGGUCAGGGUACCUCUAUCUCUAGGGAUGGAGGAGGAGAAUAAUGAAGGAAACAGAAAGAGUCGAGGUGAAAGCCUCCAUUUCCUCUGCCAUGAUCCAUGUUGGGUUUUGGGAUGAAGGAGGUCAUGGUCCCGUCACGGUGUUCCGUUCGAUUG